AAGCUGUGCCUGGCGGAAUGCUCCGAAGCACCGAGCUGCGCGCCACACGCUUCUGCGGUGCCGGGUGAUUUGGAGACGGUCCCAGCUGCGCUGUCAAUCAGCGGUUGUCGGGGUAACGGCGGCCGGGCCCGAGGAGAGGCGGCGGCCGAGGCCCGGGACAGUCCGAGGCCAUGAGCGGCCGAGCGGCGCAGGCCGCCCUCCGCCUGCGGCACAGCUUCGACUUCGGCAACCGCGACGUGGCGCGAUGGUUCCCGGGGCACAUGGCGAAAGGACUUAAAAAGAUGCGAGCCAGUCUGAAAAAAGUGGAUUGUAUAAUUGAAGUUCAUGAUGCACGAAUUCCUUUGUCUGGGCGCAACCCUGUAUUUAAGGAGACCUUGAAUGUCAGACCACAUCUACUGGUGCUGAACAAAAUGGAUGUAGCUGACCUAACGGAUAAACAGCGAAUUCUGAAGCAAUUGGAAGAACAAGGAGUCCAAAACGUCCUCUUCACAAACUGCUUACAGGACAGGGAUGUACACGUAAAAGAAAUUGUUCCCACUGUUACAGACCUCAUUCAGAAAAGUGACCGGUAUCAUCGAACAGAGAAUAUGGAGUAUUGUUUGAUGGUGAUCGGUGUUCCAAAUGUCGGGAAGUCAUCCCUCAUUAAUGCCAUGCGAAGAAUGUAUUUAAAAAAAGGCAAGGCAUCCAGGGUUGGUGGUACACCAGGGAUUACCAGAGCUGUCCUUACAAAGAUUCAGGUCUGCGAGAGACCCGUCAUAUACUUACUAGAUACUCCUGGCGUCUUUUCUCCACACAUUGAAAGCGUGGAAAUAGGUUUGAAGCUGGCACUCUGUGGAACAAUAUUGGACCAUUUGGUAGGAGAGGAAAUAAUUGCAGAUUAUCUUCUCUUCACUCUCAAUAAACAGCAGAAGUUUGAUUACGUUGAGCGAUACCAACUGGGAGAGCCUUGUGAUGAUUUACAGACUGUGCUGAAAAAGAUAGCUGUGAAAUUAGGCAAAACACAGAAAGUGAAAGCCAUUACUGGUGUGGGUGAUGUGAACAUUCUCAUGCCAAACUACAGUGCAGCUGCAUACGACUUCAUCAGAGUGUUCCGGAAAGGAGAACUGGGGAAGGUUAUGCUGGACUGAAGUUAAUGCUACUGGUCUGAAAAUCAGAAGCACGCUUUACUGGAGAUUUAAGGUUACCUGUCAGGCAAGAGCACAAGGAUCUCGUCAAUGGGAUCUGUAUUUAAGCUCUUCGGGCACAGUCAUGGUUGUCCAGUGUCACAAAAUGUUUAUUUAAAAAGAUAAAAGCUGCUGAAUAGGCAGGGGAUGGCUGCUGUCCAACAUAAAAUACAUGUGCUGUGCUGUAUGAGCAACUUUCAAAAAUAAAGAAAAACAGAAUGGAGCAACAAGUCCUUCUACAGGUUGAAAGUUGCAGCAAAGCCAAGAGCUGAAUAUUAAACCCAUCACAUCACUACACCAGCUCCAUUCGUGGAUCAGGAAAGAACUGAAAUUCACCAAUUAAUUUCCUGAAAUGUAGGGAAUUGAUUGUGGUCUUCCAGCUAAAUUAUAUUUAAAGUUUGGAAUUACAUUAAAUUUGGCAUCAUUCAAAAGUUUGUUAAAACAGUGCUAGGAGAUAUGCUCAAGGAAUUUGCCCAACAUUAUCGUCGUACAGAGGCUCCCAGGUUAUGGAAGAACUGACUUACAGAAAUCAGUCUUUACACAAAUUCUCCCAUGGAACUCUAAAUAUGUACAAACAAACCUGUCAGUGUACUUGACCAUGGAUGCUUGGUUUAAAAUAACAAAAUAAUUGAUGCUAAAAAUGUCUUUACAGGUAAAUAGCCAAGUACUUAAACUAUGGUUUGAUUAAAAAGAACAUAGAACAGCACGGUACGGGCCCUUUGGCCCACAAUGCUGUGCCGAUCUAUAUAAACCUACUCCAUGAUCAAUCUAACCCUUCCCUCCUACACAGCCCAUAAUCCGUACAGCCACAUGCCUAUCUGAGAGUCUUUUAAAUGUCCCUACUCUACCACCAACCCCGGCAGUGCAUUCCAGGCACCCACCACUCUGUGUAAUAAAAAAACAACUACCUCUGACAUCUCCCUAAACUUUCCUCCGCUCACCUUAAACUGAUGACCUCUGGUAUUGGCCAUUGCCGCCCUGGGGAAAAGGUGCUGGCUGUCCACUCUAGCUAUGCCCCUCAUAAUCUUAUACACCUCUAUCAAGUCACCUCUCAUCCUGUCGCUCCAAAAAGAAAAGCCCUAGCUCGCUCAACCUUUCCUCAUAAGACGUGUUCUCUAAUCUAGGCAGCAUCCUGGUAAAUCUCCUUUACACUCUCUCUAAAGCUUCCACAAUGACUUGUUAGGAUUUACAAAAAUUGACAAGAAAUGUCAUGUUAGAAUUUCAUUGCCUCUGCUGGCACUCUGGCUCUUUAGUGACCAUAGCUGUGGUGACUGGCUGCAAAGGAAUGACCUUCUGUUGUUAUCCACUUGUUUUCCCUUACUGAGAAAUCCAUAAUUUCUGACAUGCAGAUAACUCAAUUUACAGACAGUUCUCAGGAAAAGAACCCUUGCAUAACCUGGGGACUACCUGCACUGUGGUACAUUUACAAAAUUCUCUUUUCAGAGACCUUUCAUCAAGAUGUGAUGUUGCCGUAAAUAAUUGUUAUUGUUUUUGAGUAUAUAUUUUGUUAAAGAUAUUUUUUAGUACUAUAUUGGAGAAGGUACCCUACUCAGACACAAGAACAAACUGCUCAGCAAAUCAGGCAGCACUGGAGAGAAGUGGUUAAUAUUUCAGGGCAAAGACUUUAGAGCUCUAAUUACAACCAUAGUUUGUCCAUAUGUUUAAGUCAGCCUUAUAUGAUGAAGAAAAAAAAUGAAAAUUAGUUAAAGAAUUUUUAAACCAUCACAUUGAAUGCAAUCUGCUUCCAUUUGUAAUCAAUGUAAAUGAUGCAGUAAUUAUGGAUAUUAAGGGUGUUACUAUUAAACCAAUUUUGUACCAUUGUUUAACCAUGUAAACCUGUUUCCAUUAUAACCCUUAAAAUGUAGCAUUUUUUUUUAAUAAAGCUAUCACUAAAUCCCUGA